UUUAGUUUAUCGACAACCGUAAUUCGGACAAAAUCCGUGAGGCAGCGUGAUCAACGUCUAAUAGUACCAGGCGCCAGCGCUAAGGCGGGGUGAAAUAUGUGACGGUGUACCACCACAAUGAAUACCAAAAACACAAUGUCCAUGUUUUUGAGAUACUGACGACUGACCUAUUGGCUAUUGUUCUAUUCUGUGCUAUUAGUCAAUAGUCACCCAUCGACGUUGUACAUGGUACAAUAGUCUCGUCGACUAAACACAAAGCUCCAGGAAUUACACUUAUAUAUUAGGUGUAUAGGUAUAUUGUUAUAUACAAUCAAAACCAGCAACAUUUGAUCGUCGUUUACAAAGUAAAAUGGAGGAGGUAAAAAUCAAAAAUUUAAAUAAAUCUUAUAUGCGUAAGGUUUUCAUUGUAAAAGGAAGAGUUAAGUAUAUCAAAGUAGAAGAUAAAACUUCGGAAGGUAAACUUCUCAAUUGUAUACUUUCUGAUAACAGUUCAGAGAUAGAAGUUGUAGCUUUCAAAGACUGUGAUAAAGUAUCCAAGCUGCUAAAAAUUGGCAAAGUUGUACAAAUUGUUGUAAAUAAAGGCGAUUUCGAGGAUAAUACAUAUUAUAAAAAAACCAAUCACAAGUAUAAUAUAAUAUUACAUCCUGAAUAUUCAAAAAUUACAACCAUAAAUGAAAAUGAAGUAAAGAAAGCUGACUUUCCUACUCACAAAUUCAUUUCAGGUGAAGUUUUAAAAACUCUAACAUCAGGAAAAAUAAUUGAUGUCUAUGGUGUCUUAUUCCAAAUCGAUGGUUAUAUCAGUGCUAUUAGUCAACCACGUCUAUAUAGAAAGGGAACUAUUAAGGUUGAUUCCACAGAAAUUCAAGUUAGGUUUUUUGGUGAAAAUGCUAUGAAACUCUAUAACGACUAUAACGUAGGUAAGAAAUGGUCCUUGUUUGGAGUUCAAUACAUCAAAUUUGAAGGACAUGAAUAUUUAUCUGUUGACCACUCAAGUAAAGUCAGAUUAACAAGACCUGCUGACCUGAAAGAUUCAACAAUUGAAUCAUCAGUUAACAGAGCUUCGAUUUCAAGUCCAUCUUCAUCUAACAAAAAUUCAACAAUUGAAUCAUCAAUUUACAGUUUUUUUACUUCAAGUCCAUUUUCAUCUAACGAAAAUUCAACAAUUGAAUCAUCAAUUUACAGUUUUUUUACUUCAAGUCCAUUUUCAUCUAACGAAAAUAUCACAAUUGGAUCACCUGACCAAAAACCGUCAACUUCUGGUUCAACUCCCUGUAUAAAAAGAAAAACUCAAGAUUUUAAUGUCGAAGAAGGUACCUCAAAAAUCCUAAAAAUAGACGAGCCCAAAGAGUCAUUUUCUGACGAGAAAUUCACCAAAGUUGUGCUGAAUCUUUUAAAAAAUAUUAAAAACAACAAAGAAGUAGUAAAAUUACGUAUUAUAGAAUUCAUCUCAGAAAUACUUCCUGAAAAGGAUACAUAGUGUUGCUAAAGAAUUCUAAAAAGAAAAAAUGUUUACAAAAUGUUUAGUAAAUUAUGUUAUAAAAAUAUAAAUACUUUUAGAAAAUAUAAUUUAUACUAAAAAACAAAAAAUGUUGUUUGAUAAAAAUAUACAUUAUGUUUAAACUUCA